AGUGGAUUAGGCCGGAUUAAGCCACGAAAUAUUUUUGCACAAAUAUUUACAGUUGCCCGACCUGAGGCCAGGCACAGGUACAGGUAGCACCCAGGUAGAAGCGAGGCACAUAUAAACCACGUUCAAUGCGACAUUGUCUCACACUUGAUCAACGGCAAGCAAAGCAACAGCAACAACUCAGACAAAAAUGGAGCACGACAAGCUGCUGAAGCCAACCGUCUCGUAUCAUUUAUUCCUGUACCGCGAGGAGCUGGCCAGACGGAAUGCACGCCAGCUGCGUCUGUCCCGCACCAAGAUCGAGAUCACGGACGAGCUCAUCUCGCGUACGGUGCGCAACAUCAAGAGCUGCAGCAUGGACGAUCUAAAAGCGGUCAAUCGGGAGCUGAUGUUCAAGCGCAAGCUGCGGCACAAUGUCUCCAAGCUGCGCAAACAAGCCAAGACGCAGAAGUCGCAUUCAUGACACGAAGGAGGAGGAGAAACGUAGACAUAAGUGGGAGGUUAUCGAGGAGCGUCAACAAAAAACUGUAUAUAAACAUUUUGUAAAUAAAAACUCUGAUUAGAUUAUGCAACAAGCAA